GUAAAAUGGGUAAAGGCUUAUCAUUACUAGAAGCUAUCGAGCAAGUUUUAGCAAAUGCAAAGGAAAAACAACACGCCAGCCUUAGCAAAAAUUUAUAUCAUUUUAUUAAUAAAGAAAAGCAUGAAUUUAUGGCAGAAUAUAAUCCAGUUAGUUUUGAUUAUUCCUGCUUAGAUGCGAAACAAUAUGCUUUCAAG